UCUAUUAUUUUGCGCCUGCGCAUUUGACUGAUGGUUUACGCGACGUACCUAAAAAUCAUAUUGUGGAAAAGUUGAAGUUUGUUGUUUUGGUGACAACUUAUCCAUUAUUAUUUAUGAAAGCUUCGCGCUAAUUACUAUUUCAGGCGCGAGGCAGAUUAAUUCUGUAAGGGUCAGCCUGGAUGCGUUCAGUCACUAACAGUUCGAGCGGUGUACGGUAGCCAUCUUGGAUUCGAACAAAGCUUCAGAUGUGUAGUUUGUCUGUUUAUCAAUAAUUUUUGUGCAUUUCUCUGUAAAUAGUUUGUAUGUUUAGGAUAUGUACGGAACGUUCGUCCACAUGUGUAAAUAGCUAUGGCUGCGACAAGAAAAUUACAAGGUGAGAUAGACAGGUGUUUAAAAAAAGUAACAGAGGGGGUGGAGACGUUCGAAGACAUCUGGCAGAAGGUACAUAAUGCGACGAACAGUAAUCAGAAAGAGAAGUAUGAGGCGGAUCUCAAGAAGGAGAUUAAAAAGCUUCAGAGGCUACGAGAUCAAAUUAAGUCGUGGAUCGCAUCUGGCGAAAUUAAAGAUAAGAGUACACUUUUAGAAUAUAGGAAACUAAUAGAAACGCAAAUGGAGAGGUUCAAGGUGGUAGAACGCGAAACAAAAACCAAGGCGUACUCCAAGGAGGGGCUGGGCGCGGCGCAGAAGCUGGACCCGGCGCAGAAGGAGCGGGAGGAGAUGAGCUCAUGGCUCAUCACGUCCAUCGACGCGCUUAACUUACAGAUUGAUCUUUUUGAGUCGGAAGUGGAGUCACUGUUAGUUGGUAAGAAAAAACGGCUGGACAAAGAGAAGCAGGACCGGAUGGAGGAGCUCAAGCUAAAGCUGGAGAGGCACAGGUUUCACAUAAAGAAACUCGAAACACUACUCAGGAUGCUCGACAACAUGUCUGUGGAAGUUGAACAGACGAACGGCACCUCGCCGACGUCAGGGCCAACUGCAGCCGUCGACAAGUCACCGUCGCGCGCCCGCCACCGCACCUGGUCGAUGGCUGCAGUUACCUCUGCCGUUGGCAUUGUGCCGUUGAUAAAAAGAAUAAAAGAGGACGUAGAAUACUACAUAGUGUCUUCAUUAGAGCCGGGCUAUGAGGAGAACGAGUAUAUCUAUGAAGACAUCAACGGACUGGACGAGAUCGAACUCAGCGGGGUGGGGCUGCCGUCCUCGGCCACCACCGACAGCAACAGCAACGACUCACCUGUCUCACCGACAAGUUUGCUCUCAGGAACAAGUCCAAUCCCCUCCCCAACGUUAGACGUCCACAAUCACACGUCAGACUCCAUAGAACUGGACAAGAAGAAAAAAGACGACAUCAUUCUGGCGAAACCGGUGAAGCCGCUGGCGCUGCGUGCGUCGUGCGUCAGCAGCAGCCCCGCCAACGUCAGCAGUUCGUUCAUCGCGCUGGGCCCGCAGCUCAACGCGCUCAACCCGCUCAACCUCAACCCGCUCAACACACUCAACCUCAACCACGCGCACGCCAACGCGCCGAUCAAUAGUAUGAACAACACCGGCGUGUCGGGGACGUCGACGCCCAUCAAACAGCCCGCGCCGCCCUCGCCGCACUUACUCAGGCCUAUUGAAGUAGUGGAGAAUGGUCCGGUAUCGAGCGCGCACGCGCUGGCGCCGCACCUGCCCCAGCCGGCGCUGUCGCUGCUCGCCGCGCACGCGCUGCACACGAACCCCGUGAGUACAUCUCGUUGUGUGCACAAGUAUGAGAAUGGUCCGGUAUCGAGCGCGCACGCGCUGGCGCCGCACCUGCCCCAGCCGGCGCUGUCGCUGCUCGCCGCGCACGCGCUGCACACGAACCCCGUGAGUACAUCUCGUUGUGUGCACAAGUAUGAGAAUGGUCCGGUAUCGAGCGCGCACGCGCUGGCGCCGCACCUGCCCCAGCCGGCGCUGUCGCUGCUCGCCGCGCACGCGCUGCACACGAACCCCGUGAGUACAUCUCGUUGUGUGCACAAGUAUGAGAAUGGUCCGGUAUCGAGCGCGCACGCGCUGGCGCCGCACCUGCCCCAGCCGGCGCUGUCGCUGCUCGCCGCGCACGCGCUGCACACGAACCCCGUGAGUACAUCUCGUUGUGUGCACAAGUAUGAGAAUGGUCCGGUAUCGAGCGCGCACGCGCUGGCGCCGCACCUGCCCCAGCCGGCGCUGUCGCUGCUCGCCGCGCACGCGCUGCACACGAACCCCGUGAGUACAUCUCGUUGUGUGCACAAGUAUGAGAAUGGUCCGGUAUCGAGCGCGCACGCGCUGGCGCCGCACCUGCCCCAGCCGGCGCUGUCGCUGCUCGCCGCGCACGCGCUGCACACGAACCCCGUGAUACAUCUCGUUGUGUGCACAAGUAGUGAGAAUGGUCCGGUAUCGAGCGCGCACGCGCUGGCGCCGCACCUGCCCCAGCCGGCGCUGUCGCUGCUCGCCGCGCACGCGCUGCACACGAACCCCACGUCAAAAAGUGCGUCGGCGACGACGAUUGCGCCGAGCAUCGCCAACACGACGACGGUCGCGAGUGUCGUCAGCGCGACCAUAGCUAGCAUCGCGAGCACGCUGUCCAACGCGCCGUCGCCGCUCACCGUGAACGGGCCGACGCACGCGCCGCACACGCCGCAACACAUUGUCAACAAUGGUAGAGUAAGCGAGACGCCGAGCACGCCGUCGCUGAACACCCUCAACACACUGAACACACUGAACACGCUGAACACGAGCGCGAGCGCGACCAGCGUCAGCGCCGCGAACGUGGCCAGCGGGGUCACGGCGUCGCUCAAGAGCAUGGCGCAGGAAGCCGUGCAGCGGGCGGGGCUCGACCACCAUCACACGCAGGACGAGGAGGAGAAAAACGACGCGGUGCUGCGACUGCAGGCGGGGCUCACAGUGGGCGGCGCCAUCGGCAGCAGCGCGCGGCGCAGUGCGGCGCUGUCGCAGGCGCACAUCCCACCCUUACUGGGCGUCGCGCCGCUCGGGCCCGCGCCGCUCAACAACGACCACCAAGUGCAAUUCCAGAUGAUGGAGGCGGCGUUCUACCACAUGCCGCACCCGUCCGACUCUGAGCGCACGAGAGUCUACCUACCGCGGAACAUUUGCCAGACGCCCGUCUACUACAACCAGGUGCUGUUACCCCACUCAGACUCUGUGGAGUUCUUCCAGCGGCUGUCGACGGAGACGCUAUUCUUCGUGUUCUACUACAUGGAGGGAACUAAAGCGCAGUACCUCGCUGCGAAAGCGCUUAAAAAGCAGAGCUGGCGCUUCCAUAAUAAGUACAUGAUGUGGUUCCAGAGGCAUGAGGAACCAAAAGUUAUCAAUGAGGAGUACGAGCAGGGCACAUACAUAUACUUUGACUAUGAGAAGUGGGGCCAGCGGAAAAAGGAGGGCUUCACAUUCGAGUAUAAGUACUUAGAGGACAAAGAGUUGAACUGAGUGCGCAGCAAACGCCGCCGCCCUACCCGCCCCGCGCCCCCCAGCUGACAGCCGGCGGGGGGCAAGCCCGCACCCCCCAGCUGACAGCCGGCGGGGGGCACGCCCGCACCCCCGCGGACCGAGGACCAAAGGACCUGCGAAGGCGCCACGAAAUUGUGAAAAUUUCUCCGUCAUUCCGUUACCGAGUAUUAAGAAUAAUAUUCGCGACCGGUUCGUCCGAUCUCUGUGAUGAUUGAUGAACCGACGCCACAAUCGCGACUGACUAAAAGUGAAAGUGAAAAAAAAUAAAUAAGUGAAAGUGAAAAGUGAAAACCAAAAAUGAAAAUAAACCUACAAGUGCUCAACGGUUUCCACCAGUCGGUGUGGAUGACUCAGUGCGCGGCAGCCGACCGGAGCCACCGGAUCUUUUGUAUGAUAGUUUCACUCUUCUGGCAGUUUGUUUUUAUUGUUAUAAUCGUAAGUAACGAAUUUGUAAAACGAACGAUGAAGCGAAAGAUAUCAUGUGAUGCAAUAAGUAUAGUGCGGCCGUGACCGUCGAACCAUUGUGAUAUCGUUAUAGGAACCCGGAGCACGCUCGGAUGGCUCAUUGUGACCCGUUUAUUGUACCCAGGGUCGUGUCUAUGUUGUUGACUACAGCAUAAAAAUAUUUUAAACGUAUCAAGUUGCAAUUGUAAGUCAAUCAACAUGAGUUGAUAUUACCCUGGGCUUUUUGUAUGGACCAUAAAAGUUGAUUUUUAACAUUGUGAUCAGAGUAAUGUGUUCAUAGUAAUUUAAAUCAACUGAGUGGCACAUACUAUGUUAAUUUAUUGGACUUUUUCAAAUUGCUAAAACUUAAUAACAUAAAUAAGAAAGUGUUCUAUAGGCCUUAUGAAGCAGAAUCUCAUUAAAAAGAAUAUAUUAGAGAUGUUUCUGUAUAAACAGUUAAAUACAUAGAUUGACAUGUCAUGCAGCAUUAUUUAGACUUGCUAACAAUUUCUUUGUUUUUUAUGACAUGACCAUAACAGAUUGAUUUAUAAAUACCUCUUGCAAAAAGAUUUUUAAUUUGGCCCUUCUCUUGUGGCAGCUUGUACAUUCUUGAAAAAAAAAAAUAUAAUUUCUCUUAUCUGAAACUCUAUAAUAGUUACAUUGUUAAUUAACAAUAUAAUUAUUAUAGACUAUACUAGACCUCAUAACUAAAUAUUUUUUCAGCAACACAAUUUAUAUACUUUAUUUUUAAAAAUGCAAAAGUGUUUUAAGAUCCAUUUCUUUUUGGCAUUUUGAUUCAUGACGUGUAACAUUGUUAAAAAGAUGGUUAUGUUACUUGAUGGUGCUUAUAAACAACAAAUUACACUUACUUGGUCUUAUAUUGGAAUGUAAUAGUUUUUAGAUGUAUUCGACCACUGAGAAGACUGAGUGAUCACUUGUGAUCAUGUACGCUGUCACUCUUGAGCCCCUCAAUCAAUCUAUGAACUGAUUCUGGUUCAAACAUUGUCCAUUUUUUAGACCCUAAAUGGUUUAAAAAUGAACAAUGUGUAACACAACACAAGUAUGGAUUAUACCAUUUUAUGACCUUGGCAAAUUUAUCGCCAUAUUAGACAUGGUAUGAGUAUAUCAUGCUCUGUGAAUAUUUUCAAAGAAAUUAACACUCAGCAUGAGAACCAACUGUCACAGAAAAUACCAUAUAAGGGGCCUUUUUGGAUUGUGCCGCAUUGCAAGAACCAGCUCAAGACUAAAGGCCCAGUAUGAGUUGGGCAUACUCUGACAAUGUAUCACGUCAGUAUUAGACGUGUUUCAUAAUCAAUUAAUAUAAGGGGCCGUUGCACAUCUACCUCGAAUAAUAAACAUUAAUUCCAACAUCGAAAUUUUAAAAUAUUAAAAUUUAUAAAUAAGGUAUAUUUAUAUACAAGGUUCUCAUGUAAUGUGAACACUAAAAUGAUUACAAACACACCUCUGCUAAGCAAUAACUAGUGAUAUAUUAGUGCUAUUUCUCUUAGACACAAAAUUUACUAUGCACAUUAAGAUGUGUUCAUUUUCUUUUCUUUCUUUUUAUUUGUUUUUUUUUUAAAGAAUAUUUGGCAUAUUUUUUAUAAUAUGACCAAUAUUCCCAUUCCCCUCCGACUAGUCGGGAAAGACUGUGGCAGGAGUGGGUACGACAAUAGACCAACGGGGUGAGGAUUGAACCUCGGUGAUGAGUCCAACCGCUCUUACCGUUGAGCUAUUGAGGCUUUUCUGAAUGUUGCAAAAAUAUUGGAUACAUUUUUAGACUGUUCAGAGCUAGCUAGCUAUAUUGCCGAACAGUUUGGCAAUGCUGACCCGUAAACGUGAAAUUAUCAAUAUGCAUUUUUUUUAUUAAAAAUGCAAUAUGAGCUAUUCAUUUAGAGAUUUUCAUUAAGUUUUGUGUCUAUUAUAAGCAGCAUUUGUAAGUAGUUUGUAGAAAAAUAUAUUGAAAGUCCAAUAGUUUUUUACGCUAGUCAUAGUAAAUCAACACGGAAAAGUGAAAAAUGUUUCAUGAAUUUAUAUUUAUAUAAUAUAUUAUGUAUAUUACAUAAGUAUGUGUAUUUGACAUUUUGGUCACAAAUGUUUUUUAAUUAAUCCGAGUGUGCUUUGGGCGAAUUGAUUUAUAAUCUUGAUUAUAGCGACUGGAUUAGUUUGGAAUUACUUUAAGUACUGAUUUUGGUGGGUACCAUGAAAAUUCAAUUGGCAUACUGGCACUGGCAUAUUCGUAUUGGUUUUAUGGAACUUUGAAAUAAAUACUCUAUGCUGUUAUUACAUUGAAGAAAAAAGGAAUAAACAAAAUCUAUAUAUAAAUAUGGUAUAAAAAGAUGUUUUAAGAAUUCAAAAAGAUUUUUCAAAAGAGUUGUUUGGCAUGCAAAGUUUUGACAAUAAAUAAUCAUGUCUUAAUUAUUGUAGUGUCGAAAAUAUUCGAAGAAUUUGUUCUUGAAUGUCAUAACAAAAAAAAAAUUAUUUUUACCUAGUUGAGUUAAGAAUGAGCCAGUCAUUUCAACAUUGAGCAUUUUUUUUUUUUUACAGUAUAGAGAUCUAGUAUAUUUGUGGUACUCUCCAGUCAGAGCUAACCGUAGCUAGGGUUCUCCAAGGAUAUGUUUUAAUUUACUUUUUCACCUCUUAUAUUAUAUUUAUUAGUACAAAAAAAAUGUAUAUCGACUUUACAUUUAGUGCAUUUAAAUUGAACAAAAAAAAUUGAUAUCGGAUUAGCAAAAAAAAAAAGUUAUUCAAGCAUGUAUAUAAUCACUGCCAAAUGUCUUAAUUUAUAUUGUGUAUUGGAAAGUAAAAUAGGACUGCUUGGGAAAAUGUACUUAUUUAUUUUUGUCAUAUUGUGGACCGAGAGAUGGUGGGACAUUUUGAAGUAGUGUUUGAUAAAUGAUAAAGGUUGAUGCUUGCUUUGCCUGAUGAUGGUAUACCAGAAAAGUUUACUGUAUUUGGUCAUAUCUAUACUAAUAGUAUAAGUAGGUAAGAUUUGAUUGUUUGUUUGCAUUGAAUAGGCUCUGGAACUACUAAAUCAAUUUGAAAAAUUCUUUUACUGUUGGCAAGCUACACUAUCCCCGAGUACUUAUAGGCUAUAUUUUAUUCCCGUAUUCCUACGGGAAUUGGAACCACGCGGGUGAAACCGCGCGACGUUAGCUAGUCUGACAUGAAGUUGUGUUAAAACUUCACUUUACAAUACUGCAACAAUCUACGUACUUACUCAAACACAAUGUUUUCGUAAAAUUAUAAAAGCAAAUCUAUUUAAAUAUUAAAUAUAUUUUUUUUUAUUAAAUAAAUAAUUAAUUUCUUAUUAAAAUAAUUAAGACCAGGGGCCUUAUAAGAGAUUUAUAUUUUGCAGUGAAUGUCCUUUGGCUGAUGAUGAUGAUGAUAAUUUAUUUUAAGAUAACUCAAAUGGCACAAUAUGUUACAAGAGGUAUUGUCAUUGUUUAGGAUACAAUGUCACAUUUAAUUUUUUUUUUAAAUAUCAGCUCAAUAUGUCCCACCUUCUCUCUGUCUAUAUAUUUUGUAGUCGAGGUGAAAAAGUACAAUUAUAUGUUGUUCGGUAAUCUUGUGGAAUGGAGUUGUGCUGCCAGAUUCACCGCCGAAUUGUUAGCGAAGUUGCAUUAUAUAAACUUUGUACAAAUUUUAAAUUAUAUACAAUAAAAUUAUUUAAAAACAGAAAAUACAUGCUUAUGUUUAACAAUCAUGUUCCAUAGAGUAUGAAGUUUCAUUUGCUGUUUUUAAUUUUUUUAACAUAAUGAAAAUACUUACCUGACGCACUUUGUCGUGCCAUGAAUGCCUUGUGAGAAAUUUAAAGUGGCAAAUCAUACAAAAUUGCUAAUUUUGAAAUACGUGAUUAUUUUGUUUGAGGAUUCUGUAUUUUAUUAAACCAAACCUAAAAAAAAAUUAUUAAAGUAAAAGAAAAUUAAGGAAAAUAAUAAAGUUGAGCCAUUAUAAAUUUUAGUGAGAUAAAUGGUAAAUAGUUGAUUAUAUAUAUGUUGCCUAAAUAUUUAUUGUUAUAUAUAUAUGAGUCUUUUACUUUAUUGUUGGUGAUCACUGGUGACAGGUUUUACUGGUUGGUGUUAGUUCGACAAAGAGUUGGGUGGUGUGUGUUGAGUCAAAUCAAAUCACAUCAAAUGCCCUCAAAGCAGCAAGUAAACGUAAAGUACACUGAAGGUUUAGGGCUAGUCAAUUUUAAAAUACGAUUUUAUUUUACUCAACAUCACUUGACAACAGCUCUUGGGCUUUUAAUAGUCCUUUCAGUUGCUGCCUUAAGCAGCUCUAUAUCACCUGAUUCUAAAAUCAGGUAGAGUAUGGCCAUCUGUACUAUUAUUUAUAAAAUUGUUUUAUUUUUAUAUAUACAAACUUCAUACUCUGAGGAAUACUAUUUUUUCGUCGAAUAUAAGCAUACAUUUUAGAUUACAAUGCUAGGUUGGUCACACAAAACUAUAACAAAAGUGCGGUUCGGACAACAAUCUUGUCGAUUUGAAGUGUCAUUCGAAGUAAAGAUUUAUCAGAUUGUUGUAAGAUGACGUCAUUGCGUAAUUUUUCAAUCGUCUGAUUAGUACCUACUGCCAGCGACCUGUUUGAAUGCACUUGAAAUAUUUAUUUUAGUUUUGUUGCCGAUUUUGCAUUGGUCAUUAAAGCCGGGAACACACAAUGCAACAUUUUCCCGCGCGACUCACGGACGUUGUAUCAAAUAAUAUUUUGUACACCCCGAAUGAUUCACUCUGUAACAUGUCUGUGGGUGUACAAUUUGUUGAGAAUUAAUUUAUCGAUACACGCGUCGAGUCGCGCGGGUCGCACAAGGUGCCCGUGGCGUAAAUUUGUACGGAGUAGAGUCCGGGUUCACCGUAAGUGAGACCGUAGUGUGAUGUAGUGAGUUUCAUGAGCUGGUCACUUGGCGCGGGCCAGUGGGCAGUGGGCACGUACUUUGGGCCGCGCGUGUUUUUGCGCGCGCGGCGUCGCCUCACGCGUCUGGAGGGCGGCGGGUGCGAGUCGGGGCGGGCGAUCUCGUUAAUUCCGUGCGUGGUGUUGAUAGUUUUCAUUUUUGUAAAAAGUCUAUCGUGAGAGAAGAGAUGUGGUAAAUAAUUUAAAAAAUUAUCUGUACAGUUCUAUUUGUAUAGAAAUAAUAAAUAAUGAUUAAAAAUUUUAAACCAUGUUGUGAUUUCUUCUUGUGCUUCUAAUGGACGAGGCGACUUGUUUGGUUGAUGACUACAAUUGUAAAGCUGAUAAUAGGAACCUUUAAGUUGAUUAUUCGUUUAAAAUUCGAAUAUUUAGCGUCUUAAUCCAGUUUAAUCAAGUCUCAUUAACUGGUCGCGUGGUCGUCCCCAACCAAGUUGGAUCGUCUGUUGGAAGCAUCAACGCUUAGUUUGUAAGUGCGCCGGUCGGGAGUGCCCCGUAUAGGGGUGUUUUGUCGCAUUUCUUUUUCUUAUUUAUUUUUUUUAUUCGAAAGAGAUGACUGUUUACUUUGUAGAAUAAACUGUAAGAAAUCAUUGAGA